AUGUUGGUGAUUGAUGAAGGGUCGCGGUUUCGGGUGGCUCGAGUGCUUACCAAGGGUUCAAAGCAACAGCCCUCUGCGAAUGCGUGCCUGUCCUACUUGCAGGAAGGAUGGCACCAAUACUUCGGCCACCCCCGUGCUCUGCGAGUGGAUCCCGCAGGCUCUUUCCGCAGCUUUGCCUUGAUAGACCAGUACUGUGAUAAGCAUGGGGUGUUUUUAGAUGUGAUUCCGGGAGAAGCUCACUGGAAAAAUGGCGUGUGCGAGCAAGCUAUUCAAGGGGUGAAAGAACUGAUGACGCGCUUGUGCUCCUAUGAUUCGGAAUUGACUUCAGAAGGGGCCUUGGCCGAAGCAGUCACCGUGUUCAAUCAUCGGGAUAUGGUACGUGGCUUCUCGCCGGCGCAACACGUGAUCGGCAGAGGAGCCGAUGAUACUCAUCGGUUUGUGGAAGCCGGUCAAGGUUUGCCACCCGGACUCCUGGUAGAGAACCCAGAAGGCGAGUUCGCCCGAGCCACGCAGCGCAGAGCAGAAGCCGAGAAGAUCCACGCUGACUGGAACGUAAAGGACGACGACAGCCUGGCACACGGCAAGGGCGUUUUCUGGGCCCGGCGAGGAUACUCGAGAGCCACCGAAAGAGAAGAGAUUCUGGAGGGAAUUUCCGCACAGGCCGGCCAACCGACGCCUUGGACGUUUACGCAGAUGGCAGAAAGCCUCGGUGGUAACCAAUUUCAAGAUGCCACUCAAGAUGUGCCAGAUCUACAGGAGUGGCACAGAGCCCAGGAAGCAACCGAAGCACCACAGCCAUCUCGACUACGAUUUCGACAGAAACGCCCCGCUCCGGGUCCGGCGACCCGGGAUGUUGAGGGCGAUGCCGAGAUGGAGCCUGCGUCAGAGGAGCCAAGCCCGGUUCCUCAACGACCGCGCCUGGAACCACAGUCCCACGAAAGCGGUCUGAGUGGAGAAUGCUGGUGGAGCACUGUGCCUGAACAGGCAUGGCCAGAAACGCCGACGAACUACUGGGACGACGACAUGGCUGCCGUCGAGGUGGAAGUAGGCAUGCCAGAGAGCCAACGAGGAGUUCUUCGAAUGGCCCGGAAUUUUGAGGGAUACUUUGUUGGACAGAUGAAGCGGAAAGCAGUAGAAGUAUCAGAGCGGCGAUUGCCUCCUGCUGAGCAAGCAGAGUUCCGAGGAGCGAAACAAGUUGAGGUGGGUGCUUACGUGGAAGUUGAAAGAAGACGGGACCCGGAAGGCAAAGGAGACGUAUCGGGAGCGUUCUUGCAAGCCAGGGAAUACCCCGAUACUUUGUACUGCAUCCCCACGCCUGAAAUUUGUGAAGCCAUGAAUAUUCCGGAAAACAGUGUGACUCAGAUCAAGCGGGCUUGCUAUGGUCUAGUGGAUGCCCCACUUGAGUGGUAUCGGACUGUCGAUGCCUUCCUGCAAAGCAUAGGAAUGGAAAGGUGUAGUUCGGACGCCUGCAUGUGGUGCUACAGAGAUCAGGGCGAGCUGAAAGGUUUGAUUUCCGGCCAUGUGGAUGAUUUCAUCUUUGGGGGUGAUGAUUCUCAUGAGGGGUGGUGUGACAAGUUGAAGCAGAUCCGUGAGCACUUUCGAUGGGGUGAUUGGGAAACUGAUAAGUUUACUCAGUGUGGUGUGUUGAUUGAAACGACCCCCCAAGGCUUCAGUCUGUCACAGCCGUCCUACUUGGAAGGCAUUUCUGAGAUUGGCGUAAAUGCUACUCGCCGGAAGGACAAACAGGUGAGUCACAGCACCGUCGACACAAUCAUUCGCGCAAACAUUCUCCUACAACACGCUAACGAAGACGAG